GCGUCGAAAAUUAGCGUUUUAUUGCCGCUAAUUUUCGAUAAUUUUCUCGGGAAGCUGUAAUUACGCGACGGCUCAUUGUAGUUCACGGGUAUAAAAGGGUGAUAAAAUUUGUGGGGAGACGAAGAGAGCAGAAUGAAGUUUCUCGUGGUUUGCAGUUUCCUGGUUUUGGUGGUGAUGAUGGGGAGCGAAGCAACCCCGCAAUCAUCUCAGGCUGGGGGUGAGGGUCAAGCAGGAGGCUCUGCAGGACUAGGAGGUAGUAUUGGAUUGGACGCGGGUGUAGGAGGUGGUCUUUCAGGAUCUGGUGGUGCUGGUGCCUCUGGGAAAGCUAACUUUGACGGUAAAGCUGGUGGCAAUGUUUAAAAGGUCCACCAAUGAUUUUUUCUGGCGUUGUUGAUGACGAGCAUUAAACCUU